AUGUUUUACAACACUAAUCAAAAUAAGAUGUUUUUCAAAGCCCUGUUCGUUAGGCAUCCCUUCUUCCGACUCGUCUCUGCCUUCAAAGAUAAGGCGGAGAAGAAUCGCUCAGAAGAGCCAUAUUUUUACGCCAAAUACUGGGAUAAUAUAAUGAGAAGUGAAAGGGGAGAACAGAAUGUGAACAACAAUUCUAUGCCUAUGUUUAAAGAGUUUGUAAAACAUUUGCUAAUAACGAGUCCCUAUAAAUACGAUGAACACUGGGCUCCGGUGUGGACACGAUGUGAGCCCUGUUAUGUCGGAUUAAUGUGA